CGUGAAUUGGGCAGCGCCCCAAAUCCCUUGCAGCUGGGCUCGUGUUUGGUGUAACUGCAGAGGUCCUGCCCCCCGCCCAGCGUCGCCACCGCUGCCCGCCUUUAGCAGCCACCCCAGCUGAAGGGAAGUGGCGGCGUUGGGCGGGAGAAAAGGGAGCUGAGCCCGGGGAUCUCUAGUGGGUGCCUCUCCCCCGAGUAAAAGCUCUGCAAGUCUGCAAUAAAAAUGGCCUCCAAUAAAACUACAUUGGUUUCUAACCAGGAGUCUGAAGUUGGUGGCACUUGGGAAGGACUAAUUAGGAAAAGGAGCCUCAAGGAUUAUCACAAAAUGGGAAAGAAACAGAAUGGCAAAGGUAAAAAAGUUGAAGAAGCAGAGCCUGAAGAAUUUGUUGUGGAGAAAGUCCUGGACAGACGUGUAGUGAAUGGGAAGGUUGAAUACUUCUUGAAAUGGAAAGGAUUUACAGAUGCUGACAACACAUGGGAGCCUGAAGAAAACUUAGAUUGUCCAGAGUUAAUCGAAGCCUUUCUGAACUCCCAGAAAGCUGGUAAAGAAAAAACAGACGGUGGUAAAAGAAAAUCUUUAUCAGAUAGUGAAUCUGAUGACAGUAAAUCAAAGAAAAAGAGGGAUUCUGUUGAUAAACCAAGGGGAUUUGCAAGAGGUCUUGAUCCUGAGCGGAUAAUUGGAGCCACAGAUAGCAGCGGAGAACUUAUGUUUCUCAUGAAAUGGAAAGACUCGGAUGAGGCAGACUUGGUGCUGGCCAAAGAAGCUAACAUGAAAUGUCCUCAGAUUGUAAUUGCUUUUUAUGAAGAGCGACUAACUUGGCAUUCGUGUCCGGAAGAUGAAGCACAAUAAUCAUUUACAUUGCUUUUUUAUAUAUAUAUGAAUAUUAAAACCUGGAUUUUGAUUUUAUUCUUUGAUUUAUUAGCAAUGUGAGAAACCUCUACAUUCUAAUGAGAAUUGAGUUUGAUAUGUUUUUUGAAGUAGUGUGUUUUGCAUCAACAGCAAGUAAAUAAAGGCUUUCUGCAACUGGCUUCAUUAAUGACAGGAAAGCAUUUGAUACUAUUUCCUCCAUCUUCGGUAAAGGCUUUUAUAAACCUUCAUGAUCCUCCAUAGUUAUUACUGAAUCAUAACAAAUGUUUAAACAAACUCACAGAUGUUUUAUAGUCUUCUAUGCUAUUGAUGUGCAUGUAUCUUCUUUACCCCAACCUAGCCCUGUAAUAUGUAGAACCAUUCUUUUUAGUAUUUGAGGUAAUGUAGUCCCAAAGAGACCAGGUAAAAAUUAACUUUGUAGUAAUUUGAAUGUUAUCAUACUGUAUAUUGUUUACUUUAUUGUAAAUACUGGUGAACAGUGGUCAAUAAAAUAGUUUUAUAUUCUUCCUUUA